AUGAUUCGAGUUGCCAUAGGCGGAAAAUCUAAGGCCCUGUUAUCUCACUUGACCUCUGAUCCUCCAAGCCAAGACAAAGAAUCUUACGAGCAAUGGGAACAAGAAGAUCUAAUUGUGUUCUCAUGGCUCAUCCAAAAUAUCGAACCUACUAUUGCAGGUAACCUAACAGAGUACCCCACUGCAAAAAUGUUAUGGGAUGCUUUAGUGGUCACAUACAGUAGUGGCAGAGACAAACUUCAAACUUUCAACCUUCAUGUCAAGGCUAAUGACAUCAAGCAAAAUGACAGCACCCUUGAAGAAUUUUGGAUUACACUCCAAGGUGUCUGGGGAGAAAUCGACAGGAUCGAUCCUAACCCCAUGAAAUGUCCAGAUGAUAUCAAGACUUACGCAAGAAUCAGGUCAGAGCAAAAACUUUUUCAAUUCUUAAAUGCCCUCGAUCAAAAAUACGAAUCAAUCAAAAGGGAGAUCCUUCUAUUGGAACCAUUGCCUUCGGCGGAGGCGGCUUAUGCUACCGUCCAGCAGUGCUUUCGGCUCGUUGGUUAUCCCGAGUGGUGGGCCGAUGGCCACAAGAAGAGUACCAAGGGUCUCGGACCAAAAAAAGGAAGAGCUCCGACCACCGAUAAGAAUAUUGAUCGGAAAACCGCCACCGGAUUUGGGGGGGUUGCAGCGACGAGAAUCGAUGAAGAAGUUGAAGGUUUCUCGAUGGAAACAGGUACAGGAGGUAAGAAAGAGGAUAUCUUGAAAACCCCGAUAAAUCAAUUAUACUCUAACUAG